UUGCUGCUUUUUUUCUAAAAAAAACGAACCAUAACUGGAAAAUUUCCAUUCGAAUAAAACCAAAAGAAAGUCUAGUGAAAAUAUUCGAAAAAAAAUCAAGAAACGGCUAACUUGAAAAAUAAUUAAACACUUGAAGAAAAUCUUUAACGCGAACGUAGUGCUAAAAGAAAAAACAAUAAUGAAAUAAUAUUUGGCGCCUAAACGGAUAUUUCAAAAAAUCCACUUUUUUGAAAUCCGUUAAAACGCAAACCAAAAAACCACAAAAAUUGCCAACAUUUUAGCUGAAACCCCAAUGCCUGAAGCAUUAACAUUGCCCGGUAUGGCUGAUCAAGAGCCAGAUUUGUCAACAUUUGAAAAUAAAACUGGCCUGGCGGAGGAUAUGAAGUUCUUAGCCUCCAUGCCAGAGCUGUGUGAUGUGACCUUUUUGGUGGGCGAUACCAGGGAGCCGGUAUGCGCUGUAAAGGCUGUCCUGGCAUCCCGUUCUCGAGUAUUUGCCAAAAUGCUCUACUCUGCCCCCUCGCCGCAAAGGAAACGUGAAACUUCCACCAAGGAAAACAAGUUGCGGCUGUUUUUGAAACGUUCCUCGGAGCCGUUACUUAAUCUGCAAAAUGCUGCCCAGCAGAGAAGUGGUUUCACCCAACAAUUAUCUCCAAUACCAGAGCCGGCUGGUCAACAACAUCAAACCCUAAUUAUUGAGGAAUUUGAACCGGAUAUAUUCCGCCAACUUAUUGAAUACAUACACACUGGAUGUGUUACCCUGCAACCAAGGACCUUAUUAGGUGUCAUGAAUGCCGCCGACUAUUAUGGCCUAGAGGAACUGCGUCGAGCCUGUGCCGGCUUUGUACAGUGCUGCAUCAAUGUGGACACGGUGUGUGCUCUACUCUCCUCGGCCGAGCGUUAUAUCCAAUACAAAUGCACCAAGUCAUUGGUGCAAAAAGUUUUGGAAUUUGUCGAUGAACAUGGCAACGAUGUGUUGAAUUUGGGUAGCUUCACCCUGCUGCCUCAGCAUGUGGUGAGAUUGAUAUUGGCCCGUGAGGAACUGAGAGCCGAUGAGUUUACCAAAUUCCAGGCGGCAUUGAUGUGGAGCAAGAAAUACAAUGACAAUAAUCCGAAUAUUGACAUGAAAGAGAUUUUGGGCAACUUCCUGGAAUACAUACAAUUCCACAAGAUCCCAGCCAAUGUGUUAAUGCGCGAAAUCCAUCCCUUGGGUCUGGUGCCCUAUUCCAUCAUCAUGAAUGCCCUGGCCUACCAGGCAGACCCAGAAAGUAUCGACCCCGGAAAAUUGUCUCCCAACUCUAGUCGAGUGAGGCGCGCUCGACAAAAUCAAGGCAGAUCGAUGUCCGUGCAGAGUUCACUUGAUCCCUAUGGUUCGAAUACAACUUUGAGCUCCAGCGGCAGCAGCGAUCCCACCAGUGGCCCACAUAAUACCAACUAACAUAAGUUGAACGGCCCCUCCUCCUCCUCCCACCAUCACUCAUCCGGACGUCAUAAGCACAACCAAUCCUUGCCCAAAAUUCGCAAAGCCAAGUCACAGAGUUUCCGUACCCGUCGCAGCCCCAGUGAUCGCCGCAGUCCCAUCAACA